AUGCUGGAGCAGUCUCGGGCCGAGGUGGCCACACUGCGCCAGGACUUGGAACAGCGGUUACAGACCCUCGGCGACUCCGAGGCUGGCUCGGCCGAGCUUCAGAAUGUGCUAGGCCGGGUGGAUAAAUACUAUAAAGAGAACAACCACCUCAAACAGGGCAUCAUCAGCUUGGAGGGAGAGAUCGACGAACUUCAGUGGGAACUCGACUUCCUCCGGACAGCCUACGAGAAACUCCGGUUGAACCAGAACGACCCGGAGGGUGUAGCCAUAGACCUCCGGCUAUGCCAGGCCCAACUUGGCCAGCAGAUUCGUGCCCUCACCACCCAUCUCCAGAACGAGACAGCCCGGUUCAAACAGGCCCGAAUUGAGAACCUCGGAGUCAUCGAGGCUCAACGAGCUCGGAUAACCCAGUUGGAAUCCGAAAAGACCCAAUGGGAGACAUACAAGGACCGUCUCCCAAAGUACCAACAGGAACUUUACGACUUCGGCACGGAUGUAUCCAACAAGUACAACGACCUGUGCGAAAAGCACAAUCAGCUGAUCCAGGAACGAGAAAACCUGGGCAUUGAGGUCGCGUGCCUGAAGGAGGAAAAGACUUACCUCGAGGACUCAAUGACGGAGCAACCGCCAUCCUAUCGGUCAGCCCAAGAGCAGGAUAAAUGUCAACAGAUUGAUGACUACCUGCGCCGAGACAACCCCCUGCUGAACCCAACAGGUCAAACGGGGGCUCACGAGGGACAAACUUAUCAGGUCGGAAUGCUUCGGGCUGAACCGUCGGUGGGACCCAUACCGAGGCCACCGGUAGUACCGUCAGCCCCGGAGCCGGAGCGAAACAUUUCGACGGCCACCCCCAACGCACCGACCCAUUCCACUACCACAACAACUACGGCCUACGGAGGGACAUCCACAACGACGAUGUUCUCAACCGGAACUAGGCCCGUAGCAUCAACCUCAACCGGACAAGACCAACCCCGAGGCUCGAACCUCCGAGCCCCGGUAGCCGGACCUGGCAUGGGACUUAGACCGCCGACAAACGCCUCGGCGGGAAGUUCGCAACCCAAUUCGGGGAAUUCCAACCGGGACCGACAACGCUCGGGUUCCCAGAACACGUACCCGCCGAGGAUCGAAGUACAACCCGUAUCGGCAGGGCAGCGCAAUUGGGCUGACCCGGUACGCCCCGGCUACCCAGAUAAUGUACCACAGCAGCCUCGGCUAGACAACCGUGGCCCAAUAGGUCUGGUUGGCCCCGGCGCUGUUGGCAAUGUCCCCUAUCAGCCCCAGCAAGGCAACAUGGACCCAAUAGGUCCGGCGCCCCAGGCUGACCAAUACGUGGUUAUACCACCAGGGAUGUGGCUCGAUCAGAACCGAGUCCUCCAACGGAUACCUGGGUAUGUGGCACCGAACCAACCGCCGAACCAGGGGAACGGAGCGCAGAAUCCUCCGCCCGGACCGGGACAGCCGCAACAGCCGGCACCCCCUGGCAACCCUUAUCCUCAACCACAGCCGUACCCACCUCAACCCGUCCCGGCUGCGCAGAACCAGCAAGCGGCCUAUCCAAUAGGUUGGAACCCUCCGGUAGCCCAACAGGCAGCGCCGGUGGCCCAACCCCGUCAAACCCCACCACCCGAUGAGCAAGACAUUGCUCAAGCCCGACUCGAGGGCUACGAAGAAGGCCGGCGCCGGUACGAAGAGCGGAACAACCGGAUCUUGGCUCAGAAGAAUCGGGCAGAGUUGCCGAAGUUCAACGGCAACGGGGCCAAGGUGGAAGGCUGGAUCACAAAGAUCCGGCGAAUCUAUCGCUCGGAGGCUGACGACGUCGCAAAGACGAACGUCGCCUUUAUGACGGAGCUGGAAGGCGCCCUAACUGGACAAGUCACGGCUGUCGCGGACAUCACUACCAGGAAGUACAUGCUGGGGCAAGAGACCCCCGAGCAGUAUUACGACGCCAUCAUAAACCUCAAACAACGAGGCAACCUUACCGAUGAACUAGCGGUCUUCUAUCUGAGGACGAACGUAACGGAACCGAUCCUUCGAGCAGCCUUGGACGUGAGGAUGCCGAAGACGACACGGGAGUUCCGGGACUACGUUCGGGACUUCACCCGGGGGAAGCCGAUGUAUCAGGUAGUUAAAGGUGGCAAUACCACCAACUACAUCACCGUCAAACGACGACGCCUGUCCCUGUGA